AUGCCCACGGACACGAACAAUCGCCAGGGUGUCUACCCGAGCUAUCUGAGUUCGCAGCAUGCGGGUGCUUCUCAGGGCGAUGCUUCCGCUCAUCACGGCCAGCAAGCCGCCCAUCCGACGGAUGCUAUCGGUGCUGUUAUGAAUCAGUUCAGUACUCUUGCGCUCCCGGCGGCGCCCAACUUGGCUGCCGCAUCCAACAUGACGCAGAUUCAAGCUCAUCCGGCAUACUGCGGAACCCAGGACCAACCGGUCGCCUAUCAAGGCUAUUCUGUCCCCCUCCAGAUUGGAAUUGCUCCGGAAGCUUACUCGUUUGGUGUUGCUGGGCAGUUCCCUGUCCAAGGUGGCUUCGCACCACUUCCUGUUCCCUAUGCCGUGCCCUACACGCCUGGUCGUGUGACAUCGUAUGCGGAUCGCAGCAGUGAUGUUCCCGGACUGGAAAAUCGUCGUGGAUCAUACUCUACUACCGAGUCGACCCCGGCUACUCCAUUUUUUGGCAGUGCCUCAGAGCGUGGCAGCGCUUCUCGAGUGGCGGUUUUCCGUUCGAGCUACACGACUCCUUCGCCGGAGCAGAUUGUCGCUCCCAAGCCACACCCUCAAAUCGACGAGGAAAUCAUCGCCCUUGUCAAACAGGACCCGGCAAUUCCUGAGGCUGUCCCUGCCGUUUUCACACCGCCCAGCCAUCAGAAGACUUUGGAGCAGUGCUUGGAGAACCGCAUCCAAGGGAACCGUAACGUUUACAUUCGUGGCCUUCAUCCCACAACUGACGAUGAGCUUUUGCUCAAGUAUGCCUCCAGGUUUGGAAAGGUUGAGCAAAGCAAGGCAAUCAUCGACACUUCCACUGGUGCAUGCAAGGGGUUUGGGUUUGCAAAAUUCGCCGACGUCCGCGACUCCGAAAAGUGUAUUCGUGGUUUCUAUUACCUGGGCUAUGAAGUUGGAUUUGCUCGGGAGAGCUUCAAUGCCCGCCUCAAGGCUGAAGGCGACGAGACCUCUACGAACUUGUACCUGUCCAACCUGCCUAAGCGACUGAAUGAAGCCGAGCUGAAUGCUAUCUUUGCAGGAUACCGUGUUGUCUCAAGCAAGAUUCUUCGUGAUAGCAUGGGUAAUAGCCGCGGUGUUGGAUUCGCUCGCUUCGAGACCCGCGAAGAGUGCGAGGACAUCAUCAAGAAGUUCCAUGGGGCUGCAAUCGGCGAGGAGGGCCUGCUGAUGCAAGUCCGUUAUGCCGAUACUCCAGCCCAAAAAGAACUGAAGCGCAUUACGGCAGAGCGUCGUCAGUUCCGUACUAACGAAUAUAACAUCGGUGCAUAUGGCACUGCUGACGUCGGCAUCCAUCCCACGAUUUACAACCCCCCUCACUGGAAUCGCCGCACCGGCAUGGCCACCAAUACGACCAGUGUGUCGAUGUCGACCGCUUCAGAUGAUGGAGUCACUACCGACAACGCAACUACCACUGACUCUCCGACCAAGAAGGGUGCAGUGAGCACUCAGUCGUCGCCCACUGCCAAGAAGGAAAAGGCUUGA